UUCAGAUCUAGCGGUAAUAUGAAGCUCUGGUGACGUUGUACUGAGAUCCGAUAAGAUCAUGCAGAACAAGGGAAAGCCAGUGAGCGGAGGGAGUAGGGUGAGUAGCCACUUUGCGGACACAUUCCUCGAAGCACAAAAACUCCGUGUGACGAAGGAAGGAGAUAAGACACCAGCACCAGAGCGGGCAUCUCCUGGACUACUUCCCACAGUUGGGAAUUACAGCACGUCAAUCUCUUCAGUUACUACACCUGCCUCUCCGUUGUGUAUCUUUAAUAACGACACUUGUAAUAUCUUUGAUAGUACCUCCUCCGCGACUAGGGACCUGCACCAGGCUAAGUUUGGUUCGGAUCGUUAUCUGACCCGAACUUAUCAUCUCCAGAACGUUGCUACAGACUCACAGCCUAGUAUUCCUAGUAGUGUUAGUGAUCACUCUUCAGUCUCCAGGCAUUCAGAACCACCUGUUAGUUAUAAACACCCUCAUCAGCUUGAUAAAAAGAGAGGCAGCACUCUUCCUCCUAAAUCUUCAGCUCCCGCGGGACCGCUCUCGUUCAAAGAAAUGGAUGAUGGAUGGGGUAAAUCGUUGGGAAAGAACCAAUCCCUAGCCAUUCAUGGCGGAAAAAGGAAAAACCUAUUCUCCAAAGACAUCCGAAGGACUCAAUCAGAAGCCCAGAUGAACAAAACAAAGUCAGGUAAACCGAGUGGAGGCUCAUUUGGAUCCCUCAAACGUGCGCUUUCUCCCUUUAUAUUCCGUAAGAAGAAAACCACAAAGCAGGAGGAUGACACCAUGGGAGUGAUGAAGAAAGUAACUGACAGAGACAGUGUUCACAGCAUCCCUAUAGUCAUGGAAACAGGCUUUCCCGCUACAUCUUGUUCGGAUGUUAACAGGGAACAGGAGGACGCUAUAAUGAAUGGAUCUGCUUGUGUUCGAGGUCUGGUCAGUCCUCUGGUUCACCCGAGAAAUACUAAUCAUCUUCCAUCAGUGCAAAGGAACUCUAAAUUGUUUGAGGAGUCUUCGGGGUCACCAAAAAGAGAAAGCAAGUUGACCAGGAGAAGGGCUAACCUAUCUUCGAGUGGAAGUCCCUGUAUGUCAAAAACAAGUCAGAGCAGCUCGCCAGCACCAAGUCUUGAAUCUGUCAGGCUUAAGAAUGUAACCCGGGGUUCUAUCAUGCCCAAAUCUUCUACCCCGACUAAAGAUCGCAACUCAGAGCGACGUGAUUCAGGCACUUCUUCGAUUGAGAGUGUUAAAAGCAAAUCAAAGUCGUCACGGUCUACACCCAACUUUGAUCACGUGAGACAGUCGUCCAAUUCAGAUUGUUCAUCUCGUGGAAACUCUCAAACGGUUAACUUCAGUGGCGAUAUCAGUCACGCGAAACAGACCCUUGUAAAACCGAAAGCCAUUAAAGCCUACCAAAACCCAACUUUCACCCCGGUCAAAAGGUGCACAGAAUGUAACAAUCCUCUAAGUGCAGAUGGCAAGGCCAAGGCCACAGUGACCAAAAGUGUGUUAACGGAGAACCCAGAGUUCAAGGUUAGAGGUGUGUACGCGGAGGGGUCCAAUAUAAGGAUGGAAUCUCCGGAAAUAACAAUUGAGGCUCCAGAUAUAACGAUUGAAGCUGCCUAUAAUGGUGACGUGGAUCUUGAUAACGAUUUGGAUACGACGAUGGUGGAACAGUCAACAGAAAGUAAGCAGCAUCUCAGAACAGAGAUGCAGGACUUGUUAAAACGGUACAGUCCACCAAAACAAGGAAACUACAGUGGAGCAACACUUCAAAGAAAGUUAAAAGAAAUCAAGAAAGAACUUGAGGAUUACACUGCUCAGGAUAAUCAGAAGAUCGGAGAAAUCAAGGACAAACGAAACUCAGACGUUCUUAGGCUGAGCACGGCGGGCACCCGGAACAAGUACUCAGACGAGGUGUUCUACAAGACUGACGACGAGAUGUUUAACACUACUUUCAUCAAGCCCGCCGAGGAUGACUAUUACAAGGAGAUCGAAGUAAGGAUCAACCCUGAGGGCAUUGCUGUUGUACGGAGGAGGCACCAACUGCUACCUGAGUCUGACAGGGCCAAGGAAGGAAUGAGACGAUCUACGAUCCACGUGGAUGACAGAGUGUACUGUGACAAGGCCGUUCUCCAGUCGAUCUACGGACACAGUCCUUCGCAUGUCAGCAGUAAAAAGCAGCCCUCCUCGAGCGUUACCGACCCUGCGGACAAACUAAAUCCCGAUCUAAAAGUAAUGAAACUGCGAUCCUUUAUCCAUCAGAAAUCUGUGCCAAACCUGCACGAAACUUAUAGCGAUAGCGAGAAUAGCUUUACGGAAACUAAAAAAACUCUGGUGUCCAGUGCCAGGUGUGUGGAGACGGCAAAGUUAAAGCGGGGAUAUCACCGCAGUACUGGUAACAACCUUCCCAUUCACAAGAAGUAUAUCCGGGCAUAUACUAAAUUUUACGAACAGAAACUAGCUGUGAAGCUGCUUGAUUUAAAUAGGUUCAUCCAAGAGGAGAAGAAACAGCGGAUAGUGCUUGAUCAGCGGAUUCAGAAAUCUCUUCUUGAACACGAGGAGUUAGUGAGAGAUCUGAACACUGCUAAGCAGGACAUUUUAAAUAUGAUAGAGGUCAUUGAGACCCCCGUGUAAUUUUAGUGACUGUCAGUAAAUGAGUCACACCGUUCUUAGAUAAAAUAGUGAUUUUUAUUUUUCUUCUAUAUAUAUUUCAAUUUUCAAGUGUUACUGAAAACUUGAUGCUUGAUACUUGAUUGUUCCUUCGUAAUUGAGCAAUGAAUAUUGUAAAUUUUUUUCAUGUGAAUUAACAUAUCAUUAUCAUUUCGAAAAGAC